UUUGUCAUAAAGGGGAUAGACAUUCUUAAGUAUAAAAGGAGCAAGGAGCUACGAUAAGUCUUUGAGGUAAUACAGGCUUCUGUACGACAACCACUGUGAUCUGGUAUUGGUAAACUGGAAUUUCUUCUACAACGGCAGCUCUGGCAUUUUGGUAUGAGAUAUGACACGUUACUUGAAAGAGGAGAAAAAUCACACAACGACAAAGACACAUCAUGCUUUGAUGGACAUGGAAUCAAAUCAGGAUACUUCUGUCUUUUCCUAGGAAGAACAUGAAUAGAUUUAUCCAUUAUGAAUGACCAGUUAUAUAGGAAUACGUCAAUCCGUCUGACACCCCCUCCUACGGAAAAUGCAGCAGCAAGGAUUUAUUCGUAAUUAAAUGGAUUUACAGAUACAUAAACCCUUUUAAAAUAAACUCUUUCUUUUUAUUAACCAGUGUUUAUAUAUCAGAAAUCAUUAAUAAAAAAAAGCAUAUGAUACAUUAUGACACUAUAAAAGUAUCAAAUAGUGAUGUGUGUAAAAUACAAGUAGUUCGCAAACAACAAAGCCUAAAGCUGUGGAUUAAUUCUACGUGGGAAUGUUGAAAACUGAUUUAGAAAUUCUCUUGGAGGUUAUUCCCGUUAUGUUCGAAAAUAAAUGGAUUUUCAUAAUGUAAUUUACAAAAAUCCUUCAUGAAAGAUCCCAAAAAUCUGUGUCAGGGAAAUGCAUGGUCAACAAUACCCAUGUGGAAUACCUCGGAUUUCAUCGCACAAAACAAUAGCAACUCCUCCGACAGUGACGGUUUGGUCGCUGCUUAUCACUGGGAGGUAUUUACUCUGCUGCCAAUCAUGUUGUUUGGAAUUACGGGAAACAUUCUUGUGUGCAUGGCUGUUUCCAUGGAAAAGCGUCUACAAAGCGUGACCAACUACUUUCUGUUGUCGCUGGCGAUAACAGACCUUCUUGUGUCAGUGAUUGUGAUGCCAUUCAGUAUGGUCCACCAAUUCAUUGGUUACUGGCCUUUCAACUACAUUGUGUGUGAUGUCUACGUGACAAGCGACGUUCUCAUGUGCACAUGCUCCAUACUCCAUCUAUGCAGCAUAUCUCUCGAGCGAUACCUGGCCAUAAGUUCACCGCUUGCCGUCCGAAACAAAUCAAAAAGUGUCGUCAUAAUCAAAAUUGUACUAGUCUGGAUUCUAUCAGCCGCAAUCACAAGUCCUAUAACAAUCCUUGGAAUUUUGGAUCAUAAAAAUAUAUUGAACAAUAAUCAAUGUGCGUUAACAAAUGAAUAUUUUAUUAUAUACGGAUCAACUGGGGCAUUUUUCAUUCCACUCGGUAUUAUGGUGAUAACCUACGGACUGACCAUACGUCUUCUACAUAAACAAUCCCUCAUGUGUGGUCAUGGAAGGGAUGGGGAAGGUCAGCCAAUUAUUCGCCGAUCAAUGAGUCGAAAAGCCAACAAAUUUCGAAAGCGGGUAAAAUUUGAAACUCGAAGAACACAAAGCUGUCCAGACAAGAAUUGCAAGGAAUACAAUGAAUUUCCUAACCGAACACGGAGUGUUAAUUCAUGUCCUCAUGCUUCAUCGACCAAAAAUUCGCCAGAGCAUGAAAUCAUUGAAAUGACUCCUCCACCAUCUCCUAUGUAUUCGAACAGGAACGAAAAAAUUAUGGAAGAAAAUCACAAUGGUGUUCAUUGGCGAAAAUCUAGUAUUACGAGUACAACUUGUAGCUCCUUAAGCCACGAUUCACCUAAGCGUUUAAAAAAUCUUGUUUCUAAACAUCAUUUAGCCUUGAAAGCUGCAAGCAUAUUGCUAAUGAGAAAAGAGGGUCCUUCUAAUAUACCACAAUCACCAAGACAUCAUGAUCAAGAUGAUGUAAAUACUGAACAGCGAGCUUCAAAAGUAUUGGGCGUUGUGUUUGCAAUAUUUAUAAUUUGCUGGGCGCCAUUUUUCAUUGUGAAUAUACUUACAGUAUGGUGCAAAAGCUGUGAAUUUAGCAGUCUGCUUAUUACUCUUUUUGUGUGGCUUGGAUAUGUUUCCAGCACACUCAAUCCAAUCAUAUAUACAAUGUUUAACAAAACGUUCAAAAUGACCUUCAUAAAAUUGCUGAAGUGUCAGUACAAGACAAUACAGAAGUCACUACGAGUUCGUUGGCACAGUCGCAAUGGAUAUAACCCCACAUUUCGCACCCAAAGUUAUUACAUGAAUGACGAAAAAGCGGAAUCCAAUCUGUAGAAGUUAUAUAAACAUUUAUCUGUGUCAGAUAAAAGCUGAAAAUAAACUGAUUACCACAAAAAUAAUUUCUUAUAGAUGUUCAUAAUAGUCAUGGUAUAACACUGGGUUUCUUAUAACAAGCUUCAGGUGUUCUGAACAAUAAAAUUCAAAUUCUCAUACAAAUGAAAUGGCAGAUGGCGAAGAACUGGGUCCAAAGAAUGACUGGUUUAAUCUUCAAAUAAUCAAUAGUUUUAAGCAUCAAGCAUGUAAUACUAUGCAAAUAUUAUAGGAGAAAAUUGUACAAGCUAUUUAAACACACACCAUACAAAGAAUAUGAAAAUUAAUGGUAUUAGAAUUUUGCUUUUACUAUACCAUUAUUUGUGAACAAGCUCUUUAAUUUACUUACACAUGUAUUAUUUUUAAAUCUCGUUUUCACAUUUUUUUUUUUUUUAAAGUUUGUGAUGCCUCUUGCCAGCAUAAUAACUCUAGUCUGACCUCUGAACUAUAUACUAAUGUAUGUGUGUUUGCCAGAUCAACAUGCUGCUAUGAUUCAUUUUGCAUUUGCCUUAAAUUUUUAUUCAUAGUAAAUGUAUUGUACGUGUAUAUAUUCUACUGAUGUAUUAUUUGUCAGUUUUUAUCAGUCAAAAUAUAGAGAAAAUAAACCUCACAAAGUGACAAUCUUCCUG